AUGUCGAAUUUGUCAAAGCUUGAAUUUGUGGCACUUGACAUUUCUGGAAAGAACUAUUUGUCAUGGGUACUUGAUGCUGAAAUUCACCUUACCGCUAAGGGUCUUGGUGAUUGUAUAAUCGAAGGAAAUAAGGCAUCAAAUCAGGAUAAAGUGAAAGCUAUGAUUUUCCUUCGUCAUCAUCUUGAUGAAAGCCUGAAGGUUGAAUACUUAACAGUGAAAGAUCCACUUGAAUUAUGGAUAGGUUUGAAAGAGAGGUAUGACCACCUCAAGGCAACUGUAUUGCCAAGGCCUCGUUAUAAGUGGAUGCACUUACGGUUUCAAGAUUAUAAAAUCGUAAUUGAGUAUAACUCUGUUGUAUUUAGAAUAACUUCCCAAUUGAAAUUAUGUGGGGAAACUAUAAAAGAUGAAGACAUGUUGGAAAAGACACUAACUACUUUCCAUGCCUCUAAUAUGAUAUUACAACAGCAAUAUCGUGAAAAAGGUUUUCAGAAAUACUCUGAACUGAUCUCAUGCUUUUUGGUGGCUGAGCAGUAUAAUGACCUUUUAAUGAAAAAUCAUGAAGCCCGUCCCACUGAAAGUGCUCCAUUAUCGGAGGCACACGGGGUAGAACCACACGGCCAGUCUGAAAUAAGAUAA